AUGGAGUUGAUUAUCUUUAAACUGAGGCCGCUCUCUUUUAAAGGAGGAGACAGCGGACCGGAGCAGCCCCUCUCUCCUUACGCUGUCUGUCAAAGCGUCCCACCGCGGGCUCCAAGCUCCAGACCUCUGCCCGGGAUGGAGCAGUGUGCCCCGGAGUCCUCCUGCCUACAGAACGGGCUGGAGGGCGUCUUGUACGGGGAGUUCAGCGACUCUCAGAACGACAGCGUCCGGUUCUCGGUGAGCCUGUCCGAGAGCGCACUCACCAUCCAGCGCAUCUCCGCGUCCCCCGACAGGAGCACGGUGCUCUUCCACUUGAGAGACUGUGUGGGCUGCCGGGCGUACGAAGCUCCAGACCGCGGGGAUGUUGGCGCCUACUUUACCGCCUAUUUCUACCCGUUCAAGAGGCGGUGGAUGAGCGCUGGAGUGGCGCGCCAGAGAGUGGAGCAGUGUUUUCGGGUCGCGCUGGUCCAGGACCCCGUGGCCAACCUCCAGGAGGCUGAGAGGUGGGCUAGGGCCAUCAGAGACGCCUCAGCACUGCAGGCGUCCAGGAGAGUGGAGGCGAAGAACCACGCACGGGAGCUGGUGAGGAAGGCAGACCUCACCCAGUGGGACGCCCUGGUCAUCCUGUCUGGGGAUGGGCUCUUGUUUGAGGUGAUAAAUGGGCUGAUGGACCGUGAGGACUGGCAGCAGGCCAUCCAGACCCCCCUCGGCAUCCUCCCCGGCGGCUCCGGCAACGCCCUGGCAGCCUCUGUCCACCACUACUCACAGGCUCCUCCAGCUUGGAACGAGGAGCUUCUGUUGAGCUGCGGCUUCAUGCUGUGCAAAGGCCUGGUGGGCUCCAUGGACCUGGUCUCCGUGCAGCUCUCCUCCCGGCAGCGGCUCUUCUCCUUCCUCUCCAUCGCCUGGGGAUUUGUAGCCGACGUGGAUGUGGACAGCGAAAAAUACCGCCACGUGGGACCUAUCCGGUUUCUAAUGGGCACUUUGGUCCGUCUGGCCACCUUACGAGUUUACCAAGGCCGUCUCAUGUUCCUACCAGUUGACGAAACUUCCAAGACCCAAAAACGGAACUCUACACCUGCUUCGCUUUGCUCGUCUCUCCCUUGCCGCGUCAUUCCGAAAUCCCCAAACCAGAACUCUUUGUUGCGUUGUAGCAGCACCAAUUCAAAUCAAAACACAUUAAGCGAGACCUCUAUUGAAACACAAAGCGACGGCAAAACCAAAGUGCGAUUGCUGGACUCCUUGCUCCCGAGUUUGGAUCAGCCAGUUCCAGAAAGUUGGACCGUUGUUAAAGAGGAAGACUUUGUGCUAGUUUUAGCCAUUUACCAAUCCCAUCUGGCUGAAGACUUGUGGACCGUACCCGGAGCGAUGGCGGACGACGGCGUGAUUCAUUUGUUUUAUGUGACGGGGGGAAUCUCGCGCCCAGCCCUCCUUCGCUUGUUUUUGGCCAUGGAGAAAGGCGCUCAUCUGGAAUGCGGCUGUCCGUAUCUGUUGUACGAAAAGGUGAAGGCCUUCAGGCUGGAGCCGCUCACGCCACAGGGAAUGAUCGCUGUGGACGGGGAGACUGUAGAGUACGGGCCCAUCCAGGCGCAGGUCCACCCGGGCAUUGCCAGACUCAUAUGCGGAUAA